AUGUUUGAGAACCGCCCGGAGCUUAUAGAGAUAUUUGCAAACUUCCGGGGCAGAGAUAUUGGGGAUCUACAAAGGAGCGGCCUUAUCCGCCAACACGCACUAAAGGUGAUGGGAACUAUCGACAAGUGCAUUUCUAGGAUAGAUGAACCGGAGAACCUAGCCAAACUUCUCAUUGAAACUGGAGCCUUGCAUAGGAAAUAUAACGUUCCUCCGGAUUUGAUACAAAUAAUAUUUCCUCACUUCUUAAAUGCUAUUAAACCACACAUAGAGGAUUACUGGACAGAAGACAUCGCUACUGCUUGGAAAACCCUCUUCCGUAUUAUGACGCAUUACAUGAAAAUUGGGAUGAACAGCGAUUCCAAUAACAUUAAUACUGGUGUUGGCCAAACAAUCGUGUACGAUCAUGUCAUCACCAACGUGGGCGGUGCUUACCAUAACAAGACGGGAAUAUUCACAACCCCUGUCAGCGGAGUCUAUGUGUUCAACGUUGACACAAUGCUUGAUCCAGGCCACAGAUGGCUUUUGGCUUUAACUGAGUGA